CAAAAGAAAAAUAUACAAGCAGACAAAAUUAUACGCUUAGCGGAACUCGAUGAUCUAGAAGUCCUUGUCUUAGAAACAGCAGGCGCUUUUGGUCAUGAAGACCAUGAGAAAAUAGCCUUUGACAACUCAAAGGGCAUUUUUACUUUGCUGGCGAUGCUAGAAACUGUAGCUGACAACUAUAAAUAUGCGUCUGUGGAGAGUUUAGAAAGCUCAAACUCUAUUUCGUGCAACCAAGCGGUAGGAAAUAUUAUAAUCAACGUUUUGCUUACUUGUACUAAUGAUAUUAUUUAGUGGAAACUAGACAAGCGCAUCCGUCUGUGGUCAAUGCAAUAUGCCAAGCGCGGAUUGUACAAUUUCGUUCCGGAGAAGAAAAUCUUGUUGAGUGAAGACUUCAUAGAGAGGGAAGAAUCAUUGGUUGAUUUUCUCUUGAACUUGAGGGUAUAUUCCCAAACCUAAACGAUUGAGAGAAAGAAAAAGAAUAAGAAGUUUAGUUUAAUUAUUUAGAGCCUAC